AUGGUGAACUUCAAGAACCUCGCUGUUGCUGCGACCAGCCUCCUCGGCCUCGCCAACGCCGCUCCUACUGCCCAGGUCAACUCUGACGAAGUCAUUCCUGGCAAGUACAUCGUCACCCUCAAGUCUGACAUCGCUGCCUCCAAGCUUGAGAGCCAUCUCAACUGGGUCGGAGAUGUCCACAAGCGUGGACUGAACGAGCGUGCUGAGAAGGGUGUUGAGCGCACCUACAACGGCAAGUAUGGCUUCCGCGGCUAUGCUGGAUCUUUCGACAAGGACACCAUCAAGGAGAUCAAGGAAAACCCCGAUGUCGCCCUUGUCGAAGAGGACCGCGUCUGGACCAUCGACUGGGUUGACGAGCCCGAGGAGGAAUCUCUCUCUAAGCGCGCCUUGACAACCCAGAAUGGCGCUACCUGGGGACUCGGAACGGUUUCCCAUCGCGCCAGGGGAUCUACCAGCUACAUCUACGACACCAAUGCUGGUUCAGGCACUUAUGCCUACAUUGUUGACACUGGCAUUACCACUGGCCACAACGAAUUCGAGGGCCGUGCCCAGGCCGUCUACACUGCCUUCAGCGGCCAGAACGCUGACACCAACGGUCACGGAACUCAUGUUGCUGGUACCAUUGCCGGAAAGACUUACGGUGUUGCCAAGAAGGCCACUAUCCAGGCUGUCAAGGUCUUCCAGGGCAGUUCAUCCAGCACCUCCAUCAUUCUCGCUGGCUUCAACUGGGCUGCCAACGACAUCAUCUCCAAGGGCCGAACCAGAACCUCUGUUGUCAACAUGUCUCUCGGCGGUGGUUACUCUGCUUCCUUUAACAACGCUGUCCAGUCUGCUUCCAGCUCCGGUAUCAUCUCUGCGAUUGCUGCCGGUAACGAUGGUGCCAACGCCGCCAACACUUCUCCUGCCUCUGCUCCCAGCGCCAUCACUGUUGGUGCUAUUGACAGCAACUGGGCUAUUGCCUCGUACUCCAACUACGGCACUGUCCUCGACAUCUUUGCCCCUGGCAGCAGUGUUCUGUCCGCUUGGUACACCAGCAACAGUGCCACCAACACCAUCAGCGGUACCUCUAUGGCUACUCCUCACAUUGCCGGACUUGUUCUCUACGGUAUCUCUGUCAACGGUGUCUCUGGUGUCUCUGGUGUUACCAACUGGCUCAUCUCCACUGCCACCUCUGGCAAGAUCACCGGCAACCUCCGCAGCUCCCCCAACCUGAUCGGCAACAACGGCAACAGCGCCCAGUAA